CAGGCGAUAAUAAUGUUGCAGCAAGUGACACAUCUGGAGCUUCGUCGAUAGCAUUGUCGUCGCCCCAACGACUAUUCACCAUGGAAAUAGAGUACGAAGAUCAGCCACAGACCAUCGCACCGUCUGGAUUGCUUCCAAGACCUCCUGUCGAGAUGCCGGAAGAGGAUGAAUCAGAGCAAGAGCCAGAAGAAGAAGACGAGGAGGAGGAGGAUGUAGAAGGAGGAGAGGAUGCAGUACCUGUGGAGAAGAAAAAACGAGUCAUCAAGCAACGUCAAUCAUUAGCGGAGAAGCAACAGGGGACGACCAUUUUCCCUAUAAGCAGGGUCAAGAAAAUCAUCAAGGCGGACAAGGAGUUGGACAUGAUGACGGGAGAAGCCUGCUUCAUGAUAGCAGUAGCGACGGAAUACUUUAUCAAGCAUUUCAUGGAAGAGGGAUACACAAAAGCGAGAUUGGACAAGCGGAAAAUGGUCAAUUACCGGGAUAUGGCCGCCGUCGUGGAGAGAUCAGAAGAGUUUGAUUUCCUCAGAGAUGUUAUCCCGAUGCCUAUGCCUCUAUCUGAAGCUCUCCUUCGCCGGCAACAGCAACGUCACGAUGCCGAUCCCACAAUACAAGAGGAUGGUCCAGAAGAAGACGUCCCAUUGUCCGAUGACUUACCACCACUCGCACCCUCUACCAACCCUCUAUUCCCCAAUGCAUUUGUGAAACGUCCGCCGAACGGUCACGGUCGCGUCCCAAAACACCCGAAACCGCCGCCUGCUGCAGUAGACACAACGAAUCAAGAUGUGGCAGAGCCAGAGAUACCGAAAGUGCUCUCCGCAAAGACUGGACCGAGCACACCGCAUGGGCUGCAGACGAGAAGAUCAGCGAGGAAAAGUUUGAUGGCGGAGGAUGCAGAGGCGAUGGUAGUGGAUCACGAGAGUACUACAGGAGAAUCUGCCGAGCAAUCGCAUGAGGCGCAUGCUGGACCUACAGGUGGAAUGGAGCAAGAUUAAGACGAGUUCGGCCUCGUCGUGGCAUUGUUCAGAUGUAUUACUCUUCACGUCAGAUAUGCGUCUUCUCUAUCUCGCCCGACAGAGCCGGCGUCCUCGGCUGUAUUGCGUGAUCUUAGGCUCAUCAGAGGCGAGUUCUCAAGCCGAAUAGCCCUUCCACUGGAUGCAUGCAUGCAGCGCAGACAA